GCGCUGCUUCCCGACGUGCUCGGCGCGCGGGCGCCUGCUGCCGGCGACCGCCUCCUCUACCAGCGCGCCCUUGACGUCAUCGCAGCGCGACCGGCGCCGCCGCCGCCAUGGUGCAGCUCGCUAGCCGCCUGCUGAAGAGCUACCGGGGCGGGCACGUCGUGAUCCGCUUCGCCCUCGGCGGCUGCACCAACCGGCCCUUCUUCCGCAUCGUGGCGGCACACAGCAAGCGCGCCCGCGACGGGAAGUACCUGGAGCAGCUCGGCUGUCUCGACCCGCUGCCCAACGCCCACGGCGAGAAGGUGGCGGGGCUCAACCUCGAGCGGCUGCGGCACUGGCUGGGCUGCGGCGCGCAGCUCUCCCGGCCCGCCGAGAAGCUGCUGGGCCUGGCGGGGUUCCUGCCGCUCCACCCCAUGACGGUGACCGGCGCCGAGAGGCUGCGGCGGCGAGCGCAGGGGGCCGCCGCGCCCCCGACGGGCAGUUCCGGCGGGCCCGACGAGGCCUCCUGAGUGACGCCCCGCGGCUGCCCGGCAUCGCAGGACUGCGGCCCGCGGGCCUCCAGCCCCGUAGUGUCUGACUGCAUUAAACGUGUCCUCUGUGCA